CUCAAAUCCGUAAAUUAAAAGUUGUCAACCAACUGACAUUAAUAUUUUCCUCUAGUUUUAUUUUAACUCUCUCCAUUAAUGAUCUUGAAAUUAUUUUAGACCAAAGUUCUCGUGACACUCGUCUGCAUCUUCUUUCUCCCCUGUCACUCCAGUGACCACACAGCUUUACCUUCCAACUUCCUCACCACCCAGCUCUUUACUUUAUGAUGAAUGUAGCCAUAAAUAUGCAAUGUAAUGUUUGAGCUGAGCUAAUUGUUAAUAACUGAUACCCUUUAUGCAAAAAUUAAAGUCCUUUGAAUACCCAUUUUGUGUCGUUCGAUCUAGUUGUUGUUUUUGUUUCCAUUUUCGUUCGUGAGUGUUCAUAUUCAGUGGCGGACGCGCUCCAGGGCCAGAAGGGGAGCCCUUCGAAUUGCGUACAACACAUGCCACAAUCCAUAUCAAGAGGCUGCAUAAGGCUGAUCUGAAAAUUUUCACCCAAGUUUAGACCUUUGAGCUCUAUUGCAGACGUGCUUUUCCUUUCAGUCGUCGGCCAAAGGGGAGAGAUUAGAAGUGUCUUAAGAAGCUCUAGAAUAAAUGCUGCUCAGUUGAGGAGAAGCAGUAUGUGCUUGCUUGAAACCUUAAAUGCUUGAGUCCUUAUGAAUUAUGAUUUCUGAUAUGCCACCAGCUAUGGCCCAGAGAGUGACAAGAACAAGGUCAGUGAGGUCAUCUCUGGGAUCCAGUAAUGGAUAUGAAACUCCUCGCUUUUCCUUUGCUGCCUCAAUUGGUGAUGGUUAUGAUAGCGAUGGUUCAAAUUUUCCUCCAUUCACACCGAUUACGCUCCCAUCAGAUAUUUCUCCUGAACUUUCUGGUGUGAUGGCAUAUAUUGAUAAGUUUCAGGUGGAGUUGUUUCUGAAGGCUAUGCAAAAGCAGAUUCACUCUGCUGGAAAGCGAAGUUUCUUUUCUAAAAAGUCAGUGGGGCCCCAAGUUCGAGAGAAAUUCACAUUUGAAGAUAUGUUUUGUUUUCAAAGGGAACCUAUCCCGACAUCCAUUUUGAAAAUCAAUGGAGACCUCAUUGCUAGGGCAGUUAAGAUGUUUCAGAUCAUUUUGAAGUACAUGGGAGUUGACUCCUCCGAUCGUGUGAUUGAUCUAAGCUUAGAUGAACAAAUUGAGCUUAUCGGCAAACUUUAUAAGCUUGCAUUGAAGCGACCUGAGCUUCGAGAUGAACUUUUUACACAAAUUUCUAAGCAAACACGAAACAACCCAGAUAGGCAAUGUUUGAUUAAGGCAUGGGAGUUAAUGUACCUCUGUGCAUCUUGCACGCCUGCUAGCAAGGAGAUUGGUGGGUACUUGUCAGAGUAUAUUCAUACCGUGGCAUAUGGAGUGAGCACUGAUUCUGAGGUCCAAGUCUUUGCAUUGAACACAUUGAAUGCUUUAAAACUUUCUGUUAAAGCUGGACCUAGACGCUCAAUUCCUGGCCGGGAAGAGAUUGAAGCUCUUUUAACUGGGAAAAAGCUUACAACAGUUGUGUUUUUCUUGGAUGAAACUUUUGAGGAAAUUACAUACGACAUGGCCACAACUGUUGCUGAUGCUGUUGAGGAGCUUGCAGGGAUAAUUAAGCUGACAACGGUUUCCGGCUUUAGUCUCUUUGAAUGUCGUAAAGUUGUUACUGGUUCUAAAGUGCCAGAUCCUGGAAAUGUAGAGGAGUACAUUGGCCUAGAUGAUAAUUUGUAUAUUGGAGAUCUGUUGGCUGACUUCAAGGCAUCCAAAGACAAGAGUAAAGGAGAGAUUGUGCAAUGCAAAUUGGUAUUCAAAAAAAAGUUAUUUCGGGAGUCAGAUGAAGCUGUAACAGAUGCAAUGUUCUUGCAACUGUCUUAUGUUCAAUUGCAACAUGAUUAUAUACUGGGAAAUUAUCCUGUUGGAAGGGAUGAUGCUGCACAGCUAUCUGCUUUGCAGAUACUGGUUGAAACUGGAUUUAUUAAUGGCCCUUCAUCAUGCACUGAUUGGCAAUCACUUCUUGAGCGAUUCCUACCUAGACAAAUUGCAAUUACUCGUGCAAAGAGGGAGUGGGAAUUGGACAUCAUUUCUCGUUAUCAAUCAAUGGACAAUCUAACUAAAGAAGAAGCCAGGGAACAAUUUUUACGGAUCUUGAAGACUCUUCCUUAUGGAAAUUCAGUUUUCUUUGCUGUUCGUAAAAUUGAUGAUCCGAUUGGACUCUUGCCAGGAAGAAUAGUAUUGGGCAUAAACAAACGAGGGGUUCAUUUCUUCCGUCCAGUCCCAAAGGAGUAUCUGCAUUCAGCUGAGCUAAGGGACAUAAUGCAGUUUGGUAGCAGUAAUGCUGCUGUGUUUUUUAAGAUGAGAGUUGCUGGCGUCUUGCAUAUAUUUCAGUUUGAAACGAAACAGGGUGAGGAAAUAUGUGUUGCCCUUCAAACACAUAUCAACGAUGUGAUGUUACGCCGUUAUUCUAAAGCCCGCACUGCUUCAAAUGGAUCAGUUAUUACAGAUCUUCCAAAUAAUGCCAAGAUGCCAAACACGGAUUCCUAUGAAAAACGUAUUGAGGAAUUGACGAGUGCCCUUGAAGAGUCCAGAAAGAAGGUCAAUGAAUUGCUAAAAGAUUCAAUCGAAAGAGAAAGGAAGGAUUUGAAAUUUCAAGAGGAGCUAGAGCAGUUAAAAGGUUACCUUAGAGCAGAAAAGGAAAAUUCUGCAAAAGUGGCUAGUGACCGCGAUAAGUUCAAAUCCUUGUAUGAAGAUACAGAUUCAGAACUUCAGGCUGCUUUAGCAGAGAAGCAGAGCUUGGAAACAAGACUAAUGAAAUUGAAUCCUCUUGGAUUGGAGAGUAACAUCAGAAAGGAAUUUGUUGAUGUUAAUAACCAGGCUUUGUGUUCAAUCCAAGAUGAGCUGAAAGCUCGCCUUGUGGACUUACAUGCCUUAGAAGAAACAAAGAUAAAGCUUUUGAAUGAAAAGGUGAAAUUACAAGAAAAAGUUAUGAAGCUUGAACAGGAGAAAGGUGAUAAGAAAUCCUUUGAACAUGAAUGCAAGACAUUAACUAUUCAAGUUUCUGAGCUUCAAAGUAAAUUGGAAGAAGUUAAACUGGAUUUGGCAGUUGCAAAAUCUACUCUCGCAGCUAAGGACAAGGAGCUGGAAGUGUUACAGAAUAAUCUGAAAGAGCUUGGAGAUUUGAGAGAGAUGAAAGAGGAUAUUGAUAGAAAGAAUGAGCAAACUGCCGCACUUUUGAAGAUGCAAGGAGCACAAUUAGCCGAAAUGGAAGCACUUUAUAAAGAAGAACAACUAUUGAGGAAAAGAUACUUCAACAUGAUAGAAGAUAUGAAAGGUAAAGUUAGAGUGUGUUGUAGAUUAAGGCCUCUUAGUGACAAAGAAAUUGGUGCAAGGGAAAGAAAUGCGCUCACAAGUGUCGAUGAGUUUACUGUUGAGCAUCUUUGGAAAGAUGAGAGAAGACAACACAUGUAUGAUCAAGUGUUUGAUGGAAACUGUACUCAGGAGGAUGUAUUUGAGGAUACAAAGUUUUUAGUACAAUCAGCUGUUGAUGGGUACAAUGUGUGCAUCUUUGCAUAUGGCCAAACUGGAUCCGGAAAAACCUUCACAAUUUAUGGGUCUGAUAGUAAUCCCGGAUUAACCCCCAGAGCUACCUCUGAACUUUUCAGAAUUAUGAGACAAGAUAGCAACAAGUUCUCAUAUUCCUUGAAGGUGUACAUGGUGGAAUUGUAUCAAGACACAUUGGUAGACCUCCUCCUACCAAAGUCUUCAAAGCGUUUGAAAUUGGAUAUUAAAAAAGAUUCAAAGGGUAUGGUAGUGGUUGAGAAUGUGUCUCUUGUAUCCAUUUCAACAUAUGAGGAGCUAAGAACUGUUAUCCAGAGAGGAUCUGAGCAGCGUCAUACGAGUGGAACUCUUAUGAAUGAACAGAGUUCUAGAUCUCAUUUGAUACUUUCCAUUAUAAUUGAGAGUACUAAUCUUCAAACACAAGCUGUUGCCAGAGGAAAGUUAAGCUUUGUGGAUCUUGCCGGUUCAGAAAGAGUAAAAAAAUCAGGUUCCACUGGUAGCCAACUUAAGGAAGCACAAAGCAUUAAUAAGUCGCUCUCAGCACUUGGGGAUGUCAUUAGUGCAUUGGCUUCUGGAGUCCAACACAUCCCUUACCGAAACCACAAACUAACCAUGCUGAUGAGUGACUCACUCGGUGGAAAUGCCAAAACACUAAUGUUUGUGAAUGUUUCUCCAGCCGAAUCCAAUUUGGACGAGAGUUACAAUUCUUUGACAUAUGCAUCAAGGGUGCGGUCUAUAAUCAAUGACCCGAGCAAGAAUGUUUCGUCAAAGGAAGUGGCACGUUUAAAGAAGUUAGUAGCAUAUUGGAAGGAGCAAGCUGGGCGGAAGGGUGAGGAUGAGGAAUUGGAGGAGAUCCGAGAAGAGAGACUCUCAAAGGACAAUAAAAUUGGUGACAGCCGUGUUUCUAUGUAAAACAUCCAUAUCCAUACAUUAUAGGCGUUUCUCGUUACCAACUGUUGGUUGUGGGAAGAAUUAAAAAAUGCCUAGAGGAUUAGAGGCCCUUUAUUGGUAAUUUAGCUGAUUAACCAAACCAUUGUCUGUAUUAAUUUUACACGGGGCAGUAGUUCUCCAGGUUUUUUUCUUUUUGCAGGGCAGAUAAACGGUUAGAUCUAAGAUUUGUAAUGAUGUGUAAAUAUCAAGCAAUUAUUUCAUGUGUACCAGUGUAUGUGAAUUCUAACCCAUUGUUCUGGGUUUGUGAAUGAUAAAUUCAUAUUCUUUCUUGCAUGUAUAACCUCUGAACAGGUCUGGCACCCG